AUGUGCAUAAAGUCUCUGAAAAUCAAUACAACAACAAUAAAUAUUUUCCCCACUGUCCAAGCAAAGUAUCAUUAUCUCUCUCCCGGCCACUUCACCAAAACAAACAAACCCUUCUUUCCCUUCUGUCACAGUUUCUCUCGCUUUCUUGAUCUCUCUAGCUCAGUCACAGCCAUGACUGCAAUCUUCUUGAUCAUUGCUGCAAUCUUUUCAGCAUUAAUCGUCCAUAUAUCUUCAUCUAACAUCCAUGUAAAUUCAUGCCGAUCUUAUUGUGGAAACAUUACUAUAGACUACCCUUUUUCCCUCCAAAAUGGCUGCGGUCAUCCUGGCUUUAGAGACCUGUUAUUUUGCAUGAAUGAUGUGUUAAUGUUUCAUAUAAGUUCAGGGUCAUAUCGUGUAUUAGAAAUAGACUAUGCUUAUCAAUCACUUACCCUACACGAGCCACACUUGUCGACAUGUGACACCAUUGUUCUUGGCGGCAAAGGCAACGGCUUCUCCGUCGAGCCCUGGCAGUCACCCUACUUCAAUCCAACAUCCGAUAAUGUGUUCAUGCUAAUUGGUUGCUCAGCUCAAUCACCGCUCUUCCAAGGUUUCCCGGGGAAGCACUUGCCUUGUCGAAACGUUUCAGGAAUGGGUUGCGAGGAGUACUAUGGGUGCCCAGCCUGGAGUCUCGUAGGGCACAGGCGUGUGGGCUCGACAUUUGGGUCCGGCCCGCCGGAGUGUUGCGCAGUGGCAUUUGAGGCAAUUAAAGCAAUAAAUCUGAGUAAGCUUGAAUGUGAAGGAUAUAGCAGUGCGUAUAGUCUUGCACCAUUAAGAGUUGACGGCCCAGGUGAAUGGUCUUACGGGAUACGUGUGAAAUAUUCUGUUCAAGGAAAUGAGGAAUUCUGUAGAGCAUGCGAGGCAACUGGUGGAACUUGCGGGUACGGUACUGAUGGGGUUAAGCAGCUGUGCAUGUGUGGGAAUUUCAAUUCCACAUCAAACUGUGACUCAGUUAGUGCAUCACAAACAAGAAGCAGAACAUGGAACAGGGUGGGCACAGUAGCAGGAACUUUGAUCAGCAUCUUUGCAUCGAUGGCUGCCAGUACUAGAUAUUGAGAUAGGAAAGAGCCACCAAUAUCAACUCAUGGAAAGUCUCUCAACUGCCCAAUUGAAACAAAAUGAGGAGAGAUACAAUACAAGAGAAAGUUUUUGAAGGAGAAAACUUGUUAUUGAACAAGAAGAAAGCAGACAUACAGAAUACAAAAAUAUUUUCGUCUUAUAUAUUUUAUUUAUCAAUUGCUACUUUCUUAUAAUUGUGUUGGUUAAAAUCUUCCUCUUAAGUUUCGUACCUCAUUUUGUAUAUUCUUUGUGAAAUGUAGCAUUAAUGCUCUUUUAGCACUUGGCCAACUUAAUGAAUAUCUUGAAUGUCCUUGGGGAAAAUGCACUUCAAUUGG